AUGGGUGACUGUGAGCAACAGCGUGAUAUUCCUAAAGCGGCGAUGGAUUGCCGCCUGCGGGAAGGAGCGAACUACGAGAGAACAAAAGGGAGUGGCCAGCAGCUACGCAGUGACGUCGCAAACUCCCCAAGUAUGAGGGGCGAAUGGCAGAAAAGGCAGCCGCGCCCGUUUUUUUUCCGAUGGCGAGUGGAUGUCAACGGCGAUGCAAGUCUACAAGGAGGCAGGCGCGAGGGCGCGACGAGUGGCGCUUGA